GAAUUUUCUCUUUUUUUUUUUCUUUUUUCUCUCUCCCUCUCUCCAGCCCCCUCCCCAUUCUCACUAUCUUUCUUUCUCUCAAAAAAUAAAAAAGAUAAAUAAAACAAAUAAAAAUAAACGAAAAACCCUCUCUUAUCAUAAAAGAAUCACUACAAAUUUAUCUCAUUCUCAGGUCAACGCUGUUUGGUGUCUCAAGAUUUAUGUGAUUAAUAAUAUUUACUCAGAUCCGAGUAAAUUUUGUGGUUUUAGUGAAAAUUCGUGUGAUUAAUGAAGGUCAACGUGGCGUUUGAUCUGUAAAAUUUGUUGCUCAGAAACUCAAAAGAAGGAAAGAAAGAAAAGGGGAAAAAAUUAAAGAAAUCUGUACAUUUUUUAUUCAUUUGAACGUAUUAAAGAAAAAAAGAAUCCAACGAAUUGUUGAACCAUAAUUUUGAAAUUUGUUUGCCACAAUAUUUUUAGGUGCUGUUAUUUGAUGCAAUAGAAGGCAGGGCUACUUAAUGCUGUAGGGUAAAUAAGGAAGUGGCUUUCUCUUCCGGAAUUAACCUUGUAAAAAAAAGAAGAGGAACAUGUGCAACAUGAACAUGUACAGGAUCGACACUAACUGCAGUUCUAGGAUUUGCUUGUCAACUUUUAGGGGACAGUUUCUUUCAGUUUGGUAGUGGCUGGAUUUAAUAUUCGCUUUUACGCUAGAAGUUUGGGUUUUAAAGUUGUCGAUAGGGAUUGAUCUAGGUAGAAAUGGAAGCACAGAACGCCAUGGUAUUGGAUAGUCAACCUGGGGUUCUUCAUGGCAUGAAGAGAAAACGGGCAGUGCAGCAAGCAACAUAUUUUCCUGGAGCUUCGCAUGUGGUAUUACCACAAUUGCCCAGUUUGAGUUUACCAUCCCAGAAACAUGGCAAGCGGAGGAGACUAGAGGAUUGCAAUGGCAAAGUUGUGAGUUGUGGUUAUCCUUCCAAAAGAUCUUUGCUGCUUUGCUAUUCCAAUUUUAGGAAAACAGGCGUUCCAAAGCGCCUAAUGUUCUUUGAAAAUGGUGAAUGGAACAAUUUUCCCAAGGAUCUCAUUUCCUCAAUUAGGAAAGAUCUUGACGCAAAGAUGCCAGCUAUUCAGCUUGAGAAAGAUGGUCAAUCUUUUGUGCUUGAUUUUUUGCAUAUGUUUCGACUGGAUUGUAAAACUGGCUUGAAACAACCAAUUGCUUGGAUUGAUGAAGCAGAUGGCUGUUUCUUCCCAGAAACAUUUGCUGGUGAGGACGGGCCAUACCAGUGCUGUGAGCAUGAAUUUGAGAAUGAUAAAGAAUCCAUUUUUAGUGAAUCGUAUGCCCCCCCUGAGAUCAAGCUACAGCUUGAGAUUGACAUUAAUGGCGUUGAGCAAUCAAAGUUGAAGGAAUGUAGUGGGGAGUCAAGUUCUUUCGAUAGACAUUUUCAAAUUGCUCAGAAACCUGCAUCCAGCCAUUGUGCUGUAGAAGUUGAGGAUAGUUGUGACAGGAAUGCUGAUGCAAAACCCAGCAAAGCUUUGGAGGAUAGGAGAAACUUAGUACCUGAAAAGGAGUUUGCAGGUGUAGAGUUGGAUGAACAGUUGGUUGAGAAGAUGUUUCGUAAGGGUAUGCACCCUUGUGGAGGUGUGGAUAUUCUUGAUGUGGAAACCUGCUUCGGUGCAUCAAAGCAAUACCGAUUUGAGUGUUUCCAGAAGCAGGUUCAAAUUGUGAAGAAGUAUCGGGGGAGUGCGAAUGUUCAAUAUGCUUGGCUUGCUUCGUCAAAAGCUGCACUGCCUACCAUCAGGAUGCAUGGGGUUGGGCAUUCUAAGCUGUCCAAAAUUCCACACAAAUAUGGUGCUGGUGUUCAUCUUGCUGCGGCUGAAUUAACUAAUACCAGUGCAAAGUAUUGUGAUGUUGACGAAAAUGGAAUACAAUACAUGGUUUUCUGUCGUGUAAUAAUGGGAAAGAUGGAGCGUCUUAGCCCUGGAAGUACACAAGAUCUUCCUAGCAGUGAGGAUGUUGAUAGUGGAGUGGAUGAUCUUCAGCAUCCAAAGUACUAUAUAAUCUGGGACAUGAAUAUCAACACUCACAUAUAUCCAGAAUUUGUUGUUAGUUUCAAGCUCUCCUCCAUUGCUAAAGGGCAUUUGAUUGGAAGUGAAACUAAUAAUGCUGUUUCAGGCGUCACUGCAUCUUCGCAAGCACUUCAGGGUCGUUUUCCAGUAGUGCCAUCUGCUGGUGAAUUGGGGAGUAUUAAUCACCAAACUUCAGAUUCGGGGGGAUCCCAAGAAAAUGAUCCUAGCCUGGGUUCAAACACUUCGAAGACCCCUAAAUCCCCCUGGAUGCCUUUCCCUAUGUUGUUUGCUGCUAUUUCAACUAAAAUUCCUCGUGUAGAUAUGGACCAAGUUACUAAUCAUUAUGAACUAUUCAGGGCAAAGAAGAUAAGUCGUGAUGCCUUUGUGAAGAAGUUGAGGUUUUUAGUUGGAGAUGAUUUGUUGAGGUCAACAAUAACAUCUUUGCAAUGCAAGAUACCAUCUAGGCAGGACUUGCAGGUGGUGAAGCAGAACAUGAAGGGUCCUGGCAGCCGCUGAAUUAUCAUUUUAUAUGUUUGGUAGUCUGCUGCGUUUGUGUCCUUGCGGAGUCCUUCAGUUUGGUGUUAUCCAGAGACUGUCAGUUAAAAUGCGUCGACAUUUAAGGUACUGUAGGACUUAGAUUUUUGUUAUGAUCGUGUAAUUGUUAAGUAAUUUUCGUAAGUAGCGAGGAGGAUUUCGAUCUGAACUUGUUUUUAUGGUACUUGUUCUUAAUGUGGACUGUUGUAAUCAAUAUUUGAUACCCUGGCGCUUGUUGAGUUUCCCAUCUGGGGUUUCUAUUCAAAUACCGAAGAGGGCGGAGAAGCUUCAAAA